AUGGCGGACAGUCUCCCGACAGAGUUUGAUGUGAUUGUAAUAGGGACAGGUUUGCCUGAAUCCAUCCUUGCAGCUGCAUGUUCAAGAAGUGGUCAGAGGGUUUUGCAUCUUGAUUCAAGAAGUUACUAUGGAGGAAACUGGGCUAGUUUCAGCUUUUCAGCAUUGCUGUCCUGGUUGGAGUGUCAGCAAAACAGUGACCCUGGGGAAGAAGGUUCUGCUGCGUGGCAGGACCUGAUCCAUGAAACAGAAGAAGCCAUCACCCUUUGCAGCAAGGACAAAACCAUUCAGCACACAGAAGUGUUCUGUUAUGCCAGUCAGGAUGUGGAUGACAAUAUUGAAGAGACUGAUGCCCUACAGAGAACUCCUUCCUGGGUAGCACCCACUCCCCUCACCAACCCUCUGGUUCCAGCAUGCUUGUCUGAAGAAACACCCUCUUUGUGCGUUACAAGGCAUGAGAUGCCUGCCAAAGACACUCCAGAAAACGAUGGAGAGAUUUCGCCAGAAGUCACAGAUGUAGAGGAAACCCUGGCGAAAGAAAAUAAUCGUGGAGAUAAAACUUGUACACACGCAGUUUCAGAUGGAGCUAAAGAUGAAAACAAACCUAUAGUGGAAGAUAGCACUGAUCAACCAAAGAGAAAUAGGAUUACUUACUCUCAAAUAGUUAAAGAAGGCAGGAGGUUUAAUAUUGAUUUGGUAUCAAAGCUACUAUAUUCUCAAGGAUUGCUAAUUGACCUUUUAAUCAAAUCAAAUGUUAGUCGUUAUGCAGAAUUUAAAAAUGUCACUAGGAUUCUUGCAUUUCGGGAAGGAAAAGUAGAACAGGUGCCUUGUUCCAGAGCAGAUGUCUUUAACAGCAAAGCACUCACCAUGGUUGAAAAGAGGAUGCUAAUGAAAUUUCUUACAUUUUGUUUAGACUAUGAACAACAUCCUGAGGAAUACCAAGCUUUCAUGCAAUGCUCUUUUUCAGAGUACUUAAAAACUAAAAAAUUAACCCCCAACCUCCAACAUUUUGUACUGCACUCAAUUGCAAUGACAGAGUCGUCUUGCACUACAAUAGAUGGCCUUAAAGCAACAAAAAACUUCCUUCAGUGUCUUGGCCGAUUUGGCAACACCCCCUUUUUAUUCCCCUUGUAUGGCCAAGGAGAAGUUCCCCAGUGUUUCUGCAGGAUGUGUGCAGUUUUUGGUGGAAUCUAUUGUCUUCGCCAUAAAAUACAAUGCCUUGUAGUUGACAAAGAAUCCGGAAGAUGUCAAGCAAUCAUAGAUCACUUUGGCCAAAGAAUAAAUGCUAAAUAUUUUAUUGUGGAGGACAGUUACCUUUCUGAGGACACGUGCUCAAAUGUGCAGUAUAAACAGAUCUCCAGGGCAGUGCUCAUUACGGAUCAGUCUGUACUAAAGACAGAUUCAGAUCAGCAGAUUUCCAUUUUGAUAGUGCCUCCGGCGGAACCAGGAAUGUGUGCUGUUCGGGUCACUGAACUAUGUUCUUCAACGAUGACAUGCAUGAAAGACACUUAUCUGGUACAUCUGACCUGUUCGUCCUCUAAAACAGCAAGAGAAGACUUAGAAUCAGUGGUGAGGAAAUUAUUCAUUCCAUAUGCUGAAACAGAAACAGACAGGGAAGGACUUAGAAAGCCAAGACUCUUGUGGGCUCUUUAUUUUAAUAUGAGGGAUUCCUCAGAAAUCAGCAGAAGCUCCUAUAAUGGCUUACCUUCCAAUGUUUAUGUCUGCUCUGGGCCUGACUGUGGACUAGGAAAUGAGCACGCAGUCAGGCAAGCUCAAACGCUUUUCCAGGAGAUCUUUCCAACUGAAGAAUUCUGCCCUCCACCUCCUAAUCCAGAAGACAUUAUCUUUGACGGUGAUGACAAGCAGCCAGAGGUUCCUGGAACCACUAAUAGAAUAAUUGCCAAACUAGAAUCUUCUGAGGAUUGCAAAAACCUAGAAAACCAUGAGAACCACCUUCAAAAUUAG